AUGCGAGCAUUUGCUCCCUUGUUUCUCGUUGCAGGCGCAACAGCGCAGAGUAUCAGCUUCGUGUACACGGCGACUUUCACGGAGACGGCUUUUGACUUCGUCACGUUGACGACAUGCCCCUGCCCAACGAGCACGACAGGGUUAUCGACUCUCCAGACGACGACUGCUGUCGCGACAACAACCACCACUACCACAGCCAGUGGCCCACUUCUUCCGUCUGAUACCAUCACCCCGGCCUCGUCGACCAUUACUUCCUCGCCCGUCUCCAGUACUCCAGGGAGCUCCAUCUCUACCUUAUCCACGACGACGUCUUCCGGAAUCCCCAUUGUGACCGACGAAGCAUAUAUUGACGCGGUCAUAAACCACCACAACAUCCAUCGAACCAACCACUCUGCCAACGCGCUGAUUUGGUCGCCGAGCCUGGCCGAUACAGCUCAAGUGAUCGCCGAGACCUGCGUAUACGGACAUGUCACAGACGUCAAUGGCGGUGGCUAUGGGCAGAACAUCGGGGCCGGGUACCCCGGCACAGCCUUGGGCAUGGGCCAAUUCAUCACCGAGGGGCUCUACAACAGCGAAGUCAACAACUACGUCUACUACGGCGAGGAACCGGACUACAGCACGCUGGACGAGUGGGGCCAUUUCACGCAGAUCGUGUGGAUGGCGACGACCAGCGUGGGAUGCUACACGGCGGAUUGCAGCAGCAGUGGGCUGACCAACGCGGGACCCCCGAUCCAGCCGUAUUUCACCGUCUGCAAUUAUGCGCCGGCCGGGAACCUCGUGGGGUCGUUUGCGCAGAAUGUAGGCAGGUCGAUAGGUCUGGCUACGGUGUAUGGGAAUUAUUCCAUUGAUGAGAGCUAG